CCUCCUCCUUCCGAAAACCAGAUACCUGAGCCCAGUGAAAAAAUGGUGCCUCCAACAGAACCAGCCUCCCCAGUAGAAAGCACUGAGGAUGAAGGAACGGAGUCUGUUUCUGAACUGAAUAGCUCACCCGUGAACAAGCUGGAGGCAAAGAGCCCCGAAAGUGCUCUCAAAAGAAUGUUAAGCUUCCGGAGAAGUAAACGAAGUCCAGCCAAAGACAAAGCAAGCGAAGACUCUGGCACCCUGAGACGAAACAAUGGUUUUACACUGAAAGGCUUCAAACAAAAUGAAGAGGGCACCAGUGCUAAAAACAUGACCGACACCAGUGUGGACAAGAGUGGGGAGAAUACAGGGGCAAAUCCCAUUCUCGCAGUUACUCCUCCUCCUUCUGAAAACCAGAUACCUGAGCCCAGUGAAAAAAUGGUGCCUCCAGCAGAACCAACCUCCCCAGUAGAAAGCACUGAGGAUGAACUGAAUAGCUCACCCGUGAACAAGCUGGAGGCAAAGAGCCCCGAAAGUGCUCUCAAAAGAAUGUUAAGCUUCAGGAGAAGUAAACGAAGUCCAGCCAAAGACAAAGCAAGCGAAGACUCUGGCACCUUGAGACAAAACAAAGGUUUUAGACUGAAAGGCUUCAAACAAAAUGAAGAGGGCAGCAAUGCUAAAAACAUGACCGACACCAGUGUGGACAAGAGUGGGGAGAAUACAGGGGCAGAGCCCAUUCUCUCAGUCAUGGAAAUAAAUGAACUUAUUCAGAAAAAGCAACUUUUGGAGGCAUUUGCAAGCAUCAGGUGUUUGGAGAAAGAAGUUAUAACUGAAAAAGAGGCCAAGAAAUAUGAAGACAAUCCUACAGAAUAUGCCCGGAAAGCCAAGGAUGUGGAUUUGCUUUGUAACUCUGUUGCUAACUCAAUCAAAUCCAUUGUGGAGGAAACACUUGAUCAGUUCGAUAUAGAUGAAAGUUUGUUGACUUCUAUGGUGACCGUAAUCUCCAAGGAAGAAAAAGCUCAUGCUGAUGUACAGAGCCCCCGCUCUUCAGAAUUGGACUGGGUUGGCAGACCCAGAAAAUGGCGAGACGUGUGGAAGGAAGCUGUCAGAGGGAGUGCUGAAAAGAGAGUCCGUAACGUGCCUAUUUCAUUGAAGGAGGACAACGAUUCUUGGCUCGCUAUCCAUUUAGGGUUCCUCAGAAAAUAUGUUACUGAAGAUUUAUUGAAAAUCAAGCAGUCGGUACAAAAGUGUUACCCAGAUGAUUAUAAAGUUUGUGGAAGAUACGUGGAGUCCUUUCACGGUGCCAUUUCUUCACACCUGCAAAAUCUCUUGCAGAGACCCUUGGAAUUCAGUGAACUUUACGCAUUACUUGAUUGGGUUGUUAACACGUACUAUAGCAAAACUCUCCUGGGACACCCUGAUCUCCAAGCGGAGGUAAAGACUGAGAAUCUCCCUCAGUUGUUACCAUCAGAAACUUGGGAUAAACUGAAAAAGGACUACAAGGAUUCUCUAGCGGAGAAAAUAAAGCACUAUUUGGAUAACAUUCUGAAGCUGGAGACCAGAAUAAAGUGGAAGGAGGAAAAGCAGCCAGAAACCUCACAAACCGAGUACGACUCAUCGCUGUCCUUGGAUAUUCAAACGUUCAUUGGACAGCAUAAGAACGAAUCUGGCAAAAUCUUGGAAAGUCUGGAAACUGCAACUCUUGAGAUCAGCAUAAGAGAACUGAGAGAAUUCAUACCAAGAUUCAGGAAGGCAUUUGUGGAGUGGUACAAAGAGAGAGAGGAUUUGUUGUUUGUGCCAUAUUUAGUAGCCUACGUGAACAGCUUCCGUGAUCUGAUGAGAGGCUUACAAACAACAUUUAACGCUGACACUACAGAACUGGAAAAUGUCCUGACUGAUGUGACAAUGAGCUUCAGAAAGGAUGUUCUUGAUAAACUAAAACAAAAAACGCAGCCACUCUUUAAGAAAAUUCUGACCAACGCAUGGAUGUUAAAUAGUGAAAUACUGGACUCAAUAAUGUCAGCAACUGUACAAUUUUGCCAACACCUAAAACAUUUAGAGCAGCCUGUUAACAAGGAUUUUCUAGGGGAUGCUCACAAGUACGUGGUGAGAGAGUACAUCAUACAGGCUAUCAAACCGAGAAAGAGAAUGAAGAGAGCCAAGCGGGAAAAGGUUGGCAACAAGAUGAAGGAAGAAGCUACUGUCAUACAUAACUGCUUCGAAGAGCUGGGCUCUGAUGUGGAUUGGCUUAAUUCUGCCAUUCAUUACAUUGCAAACAUAAUUUCCGAGAAGAACAGACACAAAAUCAAGGAAUAUAUUGAGGAAAUAUGUCAGGCUUAUCCAGAUGUCAGAAAGGAACAUAUUGAAGCUGUUCUCACCUGUCGAGGAUUGGACCGGAACAAGAAAAAGUCCAUUAUUCAGAAAAUAGACAAACUCCAAGAAAAUGCAGAAAGCGUGGCUGAUAGAACACUCUUUGCCGAGAUUGACACUCCAACUCUUGUCACAUGCUUUUAAAGACCAGCUAGACAACAGAAAUAAGAGCAUCCAAAAUUUUUACAGUUCUUCUAAGUCAUGCUCCUAAACAUGACACCUGCUCCUCCCUGCCCAUAACUCAAAGCAUUGUAACAGAUGUACAGAAAUUGACUCUCAUUUCUAGAAGACAAGGACAAUGGAGGAGUCAAUAUAUUGCACAAAGAGGUCCCUAAGCAAGCCCUGAUAAAUACCUAGAGAAUAGUUAUCAAUGAUUCACAGUUGAGCUAGAAGGGCAUAUCAAGCAGGGUCCUGCAGGGAUCUGUCCUGGGUCAGGUUCUAUUCAAUAUCUUCAUAAAUUAUUUGGAUCAUGGCAUAGAGAAUACACUUACAAAAUUUGCGGAUUAUACCAUGCUGGGGUUGCAAGCACUUUGGAGGACAAGAUUAGAAUUCAAAAUGAUCUUGACAAACUGGAGAAAUGGUCUGAAAUAAACAAGAUGAAAUUCAGUAAGGACAAAGGAAAAGUGCUCCAAUUAAGAAGGAAGAAGCAAUUGCACAAAAUGGGAAGUGACCGCCUAGGAAGGAGUACUGCAGAGAGGAUCUGGAGUUUGUAGUGUAUCAACAAACUAAAUAUGAGUCAACAAUGUAAUACUGCUGCAAAAAAGACAAACAUCAUCCUGGGAUUUAUUAGCAGAAAUGUUGCAAGGAAGACACGAGAAGCAAUUCCCACAUUCUACUCAGCACUGAUAAGGCCUCAGCUGCACUAUUGUGUCCAGUUUAGUGUCCUUCACA